AUGAAAAAGUUUUGAAACAAUAAACAAAAGUAAGAAAAAGGGAAAAUGUGUAGGGACAAAGGAGGAAAGGAACAAAGCAUCAUUCACCUUUUGAUAGUGAUCCAUCCACACGGUUCUAAGAUUUAUAAUCAAUUAACAAUCAACAAUAAUAGUAAAUGAAGCUACGCAUUCAUUGGAUAAAGUACAUUUGAACCAAUUUUUUCAAUAAAUUACAAAUAAAUUUGGUAAAGGCUAGUGUGGAAGGUACUCCUAAUCUUAUACCCUCCAUCUACUAUGCUCCUUUGCCUCUAACAAGAAAGAGGCAAUGGAGAAAAAGUUGCAGAAGUUGUUUGUGUUAACAAAUGUACUUCUUUUUAGUGCCUCUCUUGUCUCCACAACCAAUGUCUCAGCUGUAGGUGACCCUGGAAUGCAAAAUGAUAAUCUAAGAGUAGCCUUUGAAGCUUGGAACUUUUGCAAUGAAGUUGGUCAAGAAGCUCCUCAUAUGGGUAGCCCAAGAGCUGCUCAAUGUUUUGAUCUUUCACAAGGUUCUUUGGUUCACAAGGUAACUGAAAAAGAUAACAAACUUGGGGUGGGAGAUUCAUUACCUGGUUUGAGACCAGAAGACAUAAACAAUAUAGAUCUUUAUGCUGUUCAAAAAGAACUAUAUUUAGGUUCUUUAUGUGAAGUUCAAGAUAAACCAAGGCCAUGGCAAUUUUGGAUGAUAAUGCUAAAAAAUGGAAACUAUGACACUAGGUCUGGUUUAUGUCCUAAAGAUGGUAAAAAGGUACCUCCUUUUAGUCCAGGAAGGUUUCCUUGUUUUGGGACAGGGUGCAUGAACCAACCCAUUUUGUGUAAUCAAUGGACAAAGCUAGAAGAUGGUGUAAUAAAAGGAGGGUUUAGUGGUACUUAUGAUUUGAAUUCUAGUUGUGGAAGUAGUGAACUUGAUGAUAAUAAUAAUAAUCUAUCUUUUUAUGAGGUGAUUUGGGAGAAGAAAGUUAAUGUUGGAAGUUGGUUGUUUAAACAUAAGUUAAAGACUUCAAAGAAAUAUCCUUGGUUGAUGCUUUACUUGAGAGCUGAUGCAGUUAGUGGAUUUUCUGGAGGGUACCAUUAUGACACAAGGGGAAUGCUUAAAACUCCUUUAGAAUCACCAAAUUUUAAGGUGAGGUUAACCUUAGACAUCAAGAAAGGAGGAGGAGCAAAGAGCCAAUUCUACCUUCUAGACAUGGGAAGUUGUUGGAAGAACAAUGGUGCACCUUGUGAUGGAGAUGUACUAACUGAUGUAACUAGAUACAGUGAAAUGAUAAUCAAUCCAGAAACUCCAGCUUGGUGUAGCCCUACAGGUUUAGGGAAUUGUCCACCAUUUCAUAUCACACCAGAUAACAAAAAGAUCUUCAGAAAUGACACUGCUAAUUUCCCUUAUUCAGCUUAUCAUUAUUACUGUGCUCCAGGAAAUGCUCAACAUUUAGAGCAACCUGUUAGUACUUGUGAUCCUUAUAGUAAUCCUCAGGCACAAGAGAUUGUUCAGUUGUUGCCUCAUCCUAUUUGGGGUGAGUAUGGUUACCCUAUUAAAAAAGGUGAUGGUUGGGUUGGUGAUGCAAGGACUUGGGACCUUGAUGUUGGUGGCCUAUCAAGUAGACUUUACUUUUAUCAGAACCCGGGUAGUACUCCUGCCAAAAGAAUAUGGACAUCUAUUGAUACUGGAACAGAGAUAUUUGUGAGUGACAAAGAUGAAGUGGCAGAGUGGACUAUAAGUGACUUUGAUGUCAUUCUAACAAAACAAAAAAAUAGCUUGAUGACUCGUGCUGUUAGGUUGAGAGAAAGAAAAUAGGAUCAACAGUAAUAAAGAGUAAACUAGUCUUUUGGGUCCCCAACUGCUCAUUGUCAAGAUUGGAUCAUAGGAUCCUUGAGGAAUAAAGUAUAAUAAAUUAUGAGAACGAUUUAUAACUA